UUAAAGGGUCAAUCUGCGAAUAGAUGCAAAGCAUCAAUUACCCAAAAUAAAAAAAGAGAAUACGAAACAUGCACAGAAGCUAGUGGGAACAUAAAAUGCGACUAUUCAAUUGAUUAUUUUAACUGAAUUCUUCUUCUUCUUCUUCUUCUUCUUCUUCUUUUUCUUUUUGUGUGUGGUUAUUUUGUCCAAAUUCAUUACCUUUACAGAAUCAAAACGGCAAGACUUCUGGCUCUCUCUUCUUUGUAUACCCCACUACUGGCCUUAAAGAGAUUUCUCAAAAAUAUAUACUAACGACCAUAGAUAACACAUGAAGCAAAGCUAAUCCCAAGAGGAAGAUAUAUAUCGUACUACCUUUUUCUUCCGCAAUGACAACAAGAGCAACGCUCCUGUUUUCCUACCCUCUUGCCAAUUGGAGCAUGGAGGACCCAUAGGCUUGAACCAAGAAUUAAGAACACGGACUGGACUAUGGGCUCAACUCAACAUAUUCAGUCUGGCCUUUCUUAACCGACUUCACAAAGCAGUUGAAAAAGAAAGUUGUUCUUCCCGCCAAAAGACCGUCAAUUUAACAAACCCCACUAACCACUUUACUGAUCAAAAUACCUGAUUCCUUUCCAGUUUCUGCAAAUCCAUCCACUCCCAAAACUAGUUCUUGAUCUCCAAGAACUGCCACACCCGCCCGCCAAGAAACAGCCACUCUCGUCAGGAAAAAAAAAAAGGGAAAAAAACUCAAUCAAACCCAAAGAAAUCAAAACAAAAAUGGCAAUCUUUCAUCUCCACCAUUAUCAAGGACGAGGCCUUUACUUCUUCAAGCUCUUGGCAAUCUCUCUCCCCCUCUUCUGCCUCCUCGCCUGGGCUUCUUCCACCCCCACCACCACUCCUUCGCAGCCUCCUACUACUCCUCCCCCUUCCGCCUCCCAAUCCCUCAAGACCAGCGGCUACUCCGUCUUCGCCGCCCUCAUCACCGCCACCGCCAACACCUCCUCCUGGAACGGCACCGGCACUGUCCUCGCCCCGCCCGACUUCGCCUUCUCCUCCGCCGCCGCAAAACUCAACGACAACCGCCGCCGCCCCUCCGCCUCCCUCCUCCUCCACCACACCCUUCAAGAACCCCUCACGUGGCACGCCCUCUCCGCACAUGCCACCGGCCACCAGCUCCCCACGUGGCGCCCCAACCGUUGCGUCUUCCUCUCCAAGGGCUCCAACGCCAAUCUCGGGAUUUCCAUUUCUCCACGUCAGCACUCGUCUCCCAUUGCCGCCGUAAAAAUCAAGCGGCCUGAUCUUUACGUGGACGAUCAUCUCACCGUCCACGGCGUCGACGACGUAUUGGACCCCACUUCUUUGUCCGCUUGCUCGUUUCCUGAUCCAACGGCCCGCGUUGAGUCUCAGAUCGAUCGGUCGUUUCUUGAUCACGCGGUAAGGGCAUUGAAAAGGAGGGGAUUCGGUGUGGUCGCGACGGCAAUGGCGAUCAGGCGUUCGAUUCUGCUUCGUCAGAAGGAAAUCACCGUUUUCGCUCCGUCGGACGCGAGUCUCUUCUCAUACUCCGACGGAUUCCGCUUCGAUUUCCUUCGCCACGUCGUGCCGGAACGACGUCGUUUCGCCGACAUCGCGAGCGUCGAAGGAACGGCCAUCGAGACGCUGUCUCCGAACAAGUCGGUUGUUUUCCGAUCUCGAAACGGCUAUGUCACCGUCAACGGCGUCGCGAUUCGGAGUUUGGAGGUUUAUCGUAACCGGUGGAUCGUCGUGUUCCCUGUUUCGCGUAGCGUAGACGACGAAGAAGACGACGUGUCGGAUACCGGUCGUGACGUGGCGGAUUCCGGCGUCGGAGAUGAAAUUUCAGGACGAUCCCAUUCGCCGGCGGCGGAGGAGGAAGAAGGUACAAGCGGUUGGAGGUUCUCGCGCGAGGUUUCUCCGGCGACAUGGAACGGCGGCGUAUCGACUCUCGCUCUAGCAGUUGAAGGUGAAGAAGGUCUUGUCUGUCCGUUAGCGUCGCGGAGCCUGCGAGAAUCGAGGAUGGAGACAGGUGUCUACGUGGAGAGAUCUUCGCCAUCGAUAUCAUACGAUGAAUUUUCUGUGAAGUUGGUUGAAUCUGGACCGUCGCAUGGGUUCAACAGGGGAUUGUGAACUGGUGGAUGCGUCUGGACUUAGGACCCUCCGAUGAGAAUCAAACUGGGGUCUACCUGGUGAUUUACAUCUGAUCACUGCCACGUGGCAUACAGAAAAGUGAACCUCAAAAUGUAGAAAGUAAAAACAAAAAAUGUAAGAAAAUUAGAAGAAACUUUUGUUGUGCAAUUUUACUGAAAAUGUGGUCGUAUGAUUGAGAUUGUGGUUGUUGAUGUACUAGUAUUUCUCUUUUGCUCGUGAUCAUACAUAUUUCCAUUUGCUUGCAUGACAUUUUCAUAAUAAGACGUGAGUUGUUUGCUA